UGAUACAAUCUCAGGCUUCUGGCUUUGUUUGGCGAAACUUUUGCCCAACAAUUCCUGAGAGAAUCUUUCACAUGGCUUGACCACGUAAUCUUCGCCAUGGCUCCAUUGGGCAUCAUUACUGCUAUUAUAGGCGCCAUUCGAGUUGGCGGUCCACCGCAUCUGAAAGCUUUGAUCGGUCGUGCACGAGAGAAUCGAGCCUCUGCAGAGCUUGAUUUCAUGUCCUCGACUUCACAUGAGGUAUCUGAGCUAUGGAAUGGACGCAGCAUAGUCCGGACUAUGGGGAAAGGCAAGGUUAAGCAAAUACUCUUUCUGGAGGGAUGUGGUCCUCCGAAGAAAUUUGGUCUCUUGACUUUGUCUGAUCCCGAAAUAGAAAUAUAUAUGACAAGAAAAGCAUAUAGUGAUCCACUCAUUGAUGAACUAAAGGAACUGCGGCCAAAAAAGACACAAAAGCCUUGGAAAAGAACAAGUGUAUCAAAAAGCCCUGACAACAACUCACACAACAACAUGUCUGGAGGAACCAAUUCCGAAGAGGGCCGUUUUGAAAUCGAUGGCUUUGAUCGAGCUCCGAACAUUUCUUUAAAUAUACAUCCCAAGCAAAACAGAGGAGAAUUGUUUGUCGCUGCCGUCUUAGGUAUAAUUCUUCAGGCGGGAGUCAUCGUUUUUUCUGCCGUUGUUGCCUACGACAAUCGAUUCGGAGCCGCGGUAGGCGGACGCCCAAGCGCUUAUGCGUUCCCGACUUUGGCCAGUGGAACAGCUGUACUGGUUAUCGGAAUGGGUAUCUGCGCUUCAGUCAUUGGAGAGAGCACCGAUGAGUGUGUUUGGGAAUUGAAGGCAGAUCUCAAUGCUACAACGCAACAAGCUGAAGGGAAUCAUCAAUCAAUCUACGACAGACAUUCUUUGGGUGCUGAAUCUCCACAUCCUAUCAUCGAAGAUAGUUCCAACAAAACAGAGGCUUCUCAAACGCCCAGCCUCCGAAUUCAGCUUUCAAAUACUGUAUCUAAUAGAAGCGCUAGAUCUUCCCACUCUCGUCUGAUGACGUGCAAGGCUCAGAAACCUCCUAUCCCGUCAAAACAGAUCCCGCCAUAUGAGUCAACUUCCAAGUGGAUCAACACGCUCUGUAUCAUAGGGACAUCUACAGGAAUCAUUGGAUUUAUAUUGCAGUUUGAAGGCUUUCGCGGCACCAGCUGGGUUAGUUCAAUUGCACAGCUUGUUGCCAUUCUAAUAAUGACUGUUGUUCGAGCCAUUAUCCGUCGGGGUAUGCUGGAUAGACCUAUUGACCAGAAGAUUCCGGACAAAUAUGAAAUUGACUGGCUUGCACUCAGGAUUGGCAAUAAUGACAAUUACUUGAGCGAUUUUAGCAGAUCCAAAAUUCAUCCCUCAGAUAUUCCUCCCUACGAUCCUUCAUGGACGGUUUGCAGUCAAAUGAAUCCAACCGUUCAAGUGACUUUCGGAUUGACGCCCAUCACCAAUGAGUCGAUAGUUCAGGAAAUUGUUAAAAUACGGAAACGUAUAUACGGGUUGACUGCUGGGCUAGAAGCACGCCUAAAAAUCCCUGUCCGGUUGGAACCAGAUACUUCUGACUCAACAAUACCUGAGUUCCACGAACAUAUCAAAGGGCCCAGAGCAGCGCCUGAAGCUCUCAUAAGAGAAUGUCUCCAAAUGCUCACCACUUGGGAGAAGCCCACUGCGUCUUGGGACCCUGCUAAGAAUGGUUCGACGAUGCAGAAAUACUCUGAUCCGGCGAUAAAAGCCAGCGCUGCCUCUGCGGCUUCAGCAAUCGAAACAAUCAUGAAUAUUUUCAAAGUCUGGCCGGAUUCUUCUUUUCAUUGGCUCAUAGAUGUUAAGAUUGGGACAGGUAAAGACACCACCACGCAAAAAGUUAAACUUCACGCGACAAGAAAGACUAUUACACAAAACUCAUGGAGUGUCUCCGCCAAAGGCACUGAGUCGAUUCUUUCUUUGUGGAUAUAUCAUUUUACUUAUAACCAUCAGAGGGGUAACCGGGCUCGAAAUAGCACCGAAAAUAUUUCUCGUGAUAUACACUCCUUUCAACGAGUCAUCGGCCCCUCGAGAUCUACACUCAAAAGAGAUAUGACGUGGUGGGCCGGUAUUGAGAGUGCUGAAGCACUUGGUGAGUUCUCAUGGGAUGAUGAACACGAUUCAGAAAGUCUUAGCAUGGGUUUUUGUCUACCAGAUUUCGACCACAACGAGACUAGUAAGGGAGCACUUUCCCAAAAAUCCUCAUACUAUGCGAUGAUCACCAACGUUUCGAAGGAGAAAUUUCUCGCUCAACAUAUUUUUUCCACCUUUUUGUGGGCGGUUGUAAAUUCCUUGCCACUAUCUGAGAUGGAAAAUAUACACCCAACAGAAGUUGUGUUACCAAGGGACGAUAAGCUCAGACUAAACGAGGAACACCCGAACUGGAAUUCUUUACGAUUAACCAACAAAACGAUCAAGCAAAUGACCAAAGCCGUCGAGAGUUCUGGCCUGGGAACGUUGGAAGACGCCAAUUUACUGAUAAUACCCCCACUUAGCUAUGCUGACAAACUCCCUAACGAAGGCAUAGUGGACAUAGUACGAAAAAAGGUCAAAGAUAAUGAACUGGGCCACCGAGAUUUUGCUUGCAAACUUUAUGGGGGAUUACUGAAACUUUGCGACGAUCUACCAGCAGAGGGGACAUUUGCAUAUAAAGUAGUCAGCACAACGGUUGACUUCCUUGUGACUGCCACAUCUGCCUCAGAAACUAAAAAAUACAUGGAAUCAUACGAUGGAGAUUUGGAGAAGAGUAAAAGAAUGUUAGUGAAUAUCUUGAGGUCUAAUCAUAAAACAUGUGUAGAUAUGCUGCAGUCACUUUACGCAAAGCAAGGUCGGCUCAAGAACUUUGGCAAGACAGGCUUGCUAGACGAUAGACCCAAAUACAAAAUCAAAACAUGGGCAAGAAACGAGCAAACAAUUGUACAGAAAGAAGUUAUCGAUGAUAUUACUUUAUAUCUGGAUGAAGGACACACGAGGCAAUUCCUCGGUGCUACUGAUAUACUCGGUUGGACACCUCUACACUACGCAGUGAUCUAUUCUUUGGAAGCAGUGCAGAAAUUAGUGAAGAAGAAGAAAGAGCUAGUUAAUGAUAACAACUUGAGACAAGAUAAUGCAGAAAAAAUUAUCAAAAAACUCUUGGACGCCGGAGCAGAACCUUUGAAAGGGCGAGAUGACCUGGUUCCACUUCAUUGCGCCGUGAAAACGGGAAAUAUCGAAGCUACUAUAUUACUUCUGCAAUGGGAGCUCCAUGAAAAGACACUAAAUUUCAAAGAUUAUUCGGGCAUGACUCCUUUACACUUUGCAGCUCUCGGUGGAAAUCCAGAAAUUAUGGAAAUCCUUCUCAAAAAAGUCGUCAGCGCCCAGGAUCUCAAUGCGCAGAAUCGGCUUGGGCGGACUGCACUACAUGUCGCAGUGAAGGGCAUAAACACCGAUGGCUCUUCUAAGAGAGCCAAGACCAUCGAAAAACUUACCAACAACGAGGCAAGUGUUGCGAUCAAAGACAAAGAUAACAAAAAGGCUUUAGAUAUGGCUGUUGAGAUGGAGUAUGAGAUAAAUUACUGCCGUUUGCGGGGAAGAAUAGUCUCCGAAGAGCCCAGUCACUUUGCAGAUAAUUUAGAAAGUGAACACCAGGACAACCCGGACAAUUCAAACGACGAUAAAAAUCAGGAGAUCAAGAUUGGUGUCAAAAGAAAAUAUAAGAACCCGAAUUUUCUGGCGAAGGCUGGAAUACCCUCGAAAGAAGAACAGCUAACUUUGGCCAUCAAAUCACUAUUGAAGAAAGAAAAUUUGACUGCUGACGGCGAAGAUCUUUUGCUCUGGGCCGUUGAAAACAACUUCAAGACUCCUUUCGAAUUUCUCAUUGACUCGAAGGAAAUCGCGAUAGACAUCAGCCAACUUACUACAAAUAAUGGACGAUCAAUUCUCCAUUUAGCAGUGGAUGCUGAGUCCGACACGAUGGUAGAUAGGAUACUGGAGCGGUGGAGGCAUAGCAAUAGUUCUUCUCGGUCGAAGCCAUCACCACAUAUUAAUCUAGCCGAUCACCAAGGUGUUACCGCACUCAUGAUAGCAGCAUCUAAAGGAUAUGAGCCUGGAGUCAAGAAGCUUCUUGCAGCUGACGUUGACAUACAUCUCAAAGACAUGAAUGGACGCACGGCUCUUUCUUGGGGAGCAGAGAUUGGUCAGCUGGGAAUCCUAACUCAGCUCAUAGAAAGUGGGCUUACCCUAAGCAAUUCCUGCAUGACCAAAUAUUCACCCAUGUUUGUUGCCGUUGAAAAUGGUAGACACGAGGCAAUAAGACUUUUUCUUGCCAACGGUGCGGACUCCAAUGAGGUUGACAAUGACGGGAAUAGUGUUCUCUGCCAUGCAGUGAUAUGUGGACGCACAGAAUGUGUCAAGGUUUUAAUUGAGCAUGGUGCCGAACUUGAGAAGAUGAGUGGCAUGUACAAGCAGACGGCGCUCUCUUUCGCUGCAAAAAAGGGUAACCUCGAGAAAGUCAAACUUCUUUUGACUUCAGGUGCUAGAGUGGACGCCCAAGAUACGGAUGGCUGGACUCCACUGAUCUGGGCAUUGAAAUGCGAGCACCCAAAAGUCGUGAAGCUUCUACUCGGCGAAGAAGUUGAGAGCGUCUCGAGUAAAAAUCGAUACAUGGAGCAGCUCGAUUCUGCAAUGACUUUGGCGUGCAACACUGGUGAUGAGGAUCUUGUGGAGCAAUUGUUACAUCUAGGUGUAAGUUCUAAUGUACAAGACGCUGACAGUGGAUCGACAGUUUUGAUCGAAGCAUGUAGAGGAGGCUUUUUAGGGACUGUAAAGAUACUAUUAAGGGAUCAAGGGGAUGUAAAUGCGAAGAAUAAUUCUAAGGAGACGCCUCUUUUGCUGGCGGCUCGCCAUGGAUUUAAUGAAAUCACGGGAUACCUUUUGGACGCAGAAGCAAGCAUCGAAAUAACAAAUGAAGUAAAUGAAACGCCACUUCUGUUAGCAGUUCGUUACAACAACGAAAUCAUCACCGGGUUGCUUUUAGAUAGGAGGGCGAAUACAAAUAUCGCAUCCAACACAGGUGAGACACCACUGUUAUGGGCUACUCGCAAUGGAAAUGAAGAUAUCACAACGUUACUUUUGCAGAAGGGAGCGCAUGUCAAUACCGCAAACAACUCAAAUGAAACACCCUUAUCACUGGCGGUUCUCAAAAGGAAUAUGGAUAGCAUCAAAUUACUUCUGAGUAAAGGAGCCGAUAUAAAACAGGAAUGGGGCAAUUAUCGACGAACGUGCUUGUUACACGCGAUUUAUGCAGAAGACGAGGAACUUGUACUUGCGGAGUCGAAAGACUUGCAAGGAAGAACUGCAUUUCAGUUUGCAGCACAAAUCGGCGCUUUGUCAAUGUUUAAAAAGCUAAUCAAGGAAAAUUCUGAAGGAUUGCAUCUGAUCGGAGGAACUUUCCAUGACUUGCAGGAUCGGGACCUCACACACCACGCUUCUGUCAGCGGACCGACGGAUCUGAUAUCGUACCUAAUAGAUCGCUUCUCUUCCAACGAACACAACUACCACCGGAGAGACAUCAAUGGUUGGACUCCCCUUCACUGGGCUGCGCAGGCUGGCGACUGGAAAGUUGUACAAAUGCUUCUUGAAGUAGACGCUCGCUCAGAUGCCAAAGUACUCGAAUCGACUAAAAAAUGGACUCCACGGCAAAUCGCAAGCUAUAAUGAGCACACAAAUAUUGUGGAGUUACUCGAGUCAUCAUCUAUUCCCGAUGAAAUUCUGCCCCCAGCAGGUAUGUCACACGGAUCACUCGUCUGCGAUGGGUGCAACUGUAGGAUACGUGGCAUCCGUUUCCAUUGUCAAGAUUGCGAAGACUUUGAUUUUUGUGAAAAAUGCAAGGCCACAAGUGAUACGACACACCCAAACCACGAAUUUGAUAAGAUCGGCGCACAACGAGAAACCGAACCGGAACAAGAGGUUAGCCCACAGCAGGAGAAUGGUUUGAUGCAAGAUGACUCUUCCAGUGAAAACCAGUCUUUAUAUGAGGAUUCUGUCAAAGAUGAUGUUGCGUUUUAAAUGGUUCCUUGAUUGCUUUCUUUGACGGCUUUGAAUUCGAUUUCGAAGCUACCGUUGCUGCUUAUUCAGAUCAAAAAACUACUCGUGAGGCCAGAAGGUAUGACACACUCUACACACAGACAAGACCCAUAAGGUGGUAAAAUACAAGAUGAUUGAUGACCCAUACUUCGGUGGAGUGUUGCAUAUUUUCUGGUCGCACGAGUAAGGAGUCGGUCGUCGCAACAGUAAGAGCUAAUUUUUGGAUAUAAGUUAAGGUGUGAUAUUAUCUAUGUGUUAAUCCAAAUUUACAUAAAGACGAUAGCGAUGUGUUCGGUUUUAUAUAAAAAUCUAGUCAUUUUGCACUCAAAAUUCGUCGAAUUUGAUCAUGAGGUUCAAGGCACGACUAA